AUGUCGAGGCUAUGGGCGAGAUUUGCGGGAUUAUUCAGUAACAAGAGUUUCAUCGGAGCUGACAAGACUGGUAACAAGUACUUUUCCAGAAUGGAGGAGAUUGACGGAUUGGUGAAGGAGAAAAGAUGGGUUAUCUUUAGACGAGAACAGGACCCAACUUCUAUUCCUGUUGAAUGGAUAUGUUGGCUAAAUGGGCAGCGAAAAAGGGCUCCUACUCCUGAGGAAAUGGUUGAACUUGAAGAAAGGCGUGAGCGUGUGAAGCUUAAUGUUGCUCUUCUCAAGAAAGAAGAGGAAGAGAGGAAAGCCAGAGAAGGCACUGGACGCAAAGUCAUGACCAUGGGUAAAGUUGACGGUCCAGAUUUGACAAGCUUUGUUCGCCAAUUUCCACCGGAUUCAAAAGGUGAUAAAACAGAGGAAGCUAGUGAAGAAGCAGAUAAAUCAAGGGUCAAGGAACAUGAACCCGAGAUAGUUACUGCAGAACCACUGGAACCAAAGACAACAGAGCCAUCAGGGUCUGGAUCAUCAUUUAGGCCCGGGACAUGGCAGCCACCAUCCUAAGCACAUCUCUCUUCACGCAGAUAACAAGCCAGCAGGAAUUUUGCGUCCUAAUUAUUUGUUUGUUGUACUCUACACAAACCGAUUGGUUUGACUUUUACAGAUGAACCACCAUAGACGAGAGAGCUUUUGAGAACCCUAGAUUUGUGGCCUUUGACGCUGUCACUGAGGACUCAGAAGAGUCAAAAUGAGAAGAGAAGUCAUAUUCUUAUGCUUUGUAAUCGUUAGGGUGUUUGUCUCUUGGCAUAAUGCUUGAGACUUUUAUUUGCCUUGUCCUUCAUAGCUGAAGAAAGAGACCCUUUGUUGACUUUAUUUGAUAGGUAUAAGAAAAAAAAAGACCUUCAAAGAAAGUGAAAACGUUGGUGAUACAAGUUUACUGA